ACAGAGCUCUUUUGCAGGCCGUAUAUGAUGCUAUCACUACUGUGCUGUGUUCUGCUGCUCUUUCUGAGUCAGGGUGCUGAUAGCAGACAGAGGCAGCGGAAAGAGACGGGCCUGGUGGAGAGGAGGCAAUUCUGUAGCUGGCCAUGUAAAUGUGGUGUCCGGCCGCUGUGUGCCCCUGGUGUCAGUUCCAUCUUGGAUGGCUGCGGCUGUUGCAAAACCUGUGCACGGCAGAUUGGGGAAUCAUGCAACGAGAGGGACGUCUGUGACCCUCACAAAAGCAUGUACUGUGAUUUUUCCAAAGACCAGCCGCGUUAUGAAGUUGGAGUCUGUGCUUACAUGAUGGGGGUUGGUUGUGACCUGAAUGGGGCUCACUAUGAUAACGGACAGUCCUUCCAGCCCAGCCCACUCUACAAGUGCACUUGCAUUGCUGGAGCCAUCGGCUGCACUCCCGCCUUCAUCCAAAAGCCGGCUGGAAUGUUGAAUUCUGCUGCUCUCCAGGGCAGCUUGCCAGCAGGACUCAAGAGCAAUCAAAGCCCCAAACACCAGCAGGACACUACCUACAGGACCAUGUCAGCUUACAGGGAUCCUCCCUUAGCCUGGAAGAAGAACUGUUUGGUCCAGACCACACCCUGGUCACCCUGUUCACGCACCUGCAGCAUCGGCAUCUCCGUACGAGUCAACAACGACAACAGCAAGUGUGAGAUGAGAAAAGAGCGCCGACUCUGUCUGCUUCGACCAUGUGAUAAAAAUGUUCUGAAGGGACUAAAGAUGCCUAGAGGGAAAACCUGCAAACCGAAAUUCCAGGCCAGUAAAGCAGAGAAGCUCUCAUUGUCUGGCUGUACCAGUGUUAAGAAGCACCGCCCGACAUACUGCGGUAUCUGCACAGACAAGCGCUGCUGCGUACCCAAUAAGUCCAAAAUGGUGAACAUAGAGUUCCACUGCAAAGGGGGAUCUAACGUACGCUGGAAGAUGCAGUGGAUCACUUCCUGUGUGUGUCAGAGGAAGUGUAGUGAUGCCAAUGACAUGUUCUCAGAGCUGCACUUAAUAUAAAACACAGACAAACAGGAAGUACACACUGCUCAAUGCAAGCUAUAGCAUAUGUACAGUUAUGGCCAGAAAUACUCUAUGCAAGUAUAUGAACAAAGACAAGUGAUUUGUCAAAACAACUUUAAUUUUACGGUUCUGUAGUAAAUACUUAGUGUCUGUUCAUGCGCCAUUGUGCUAAUAAACCUCAGUACUUGAGUGAGACAGAGUUAAAUUCAACUGUCUGUGCCAUUAAACCGAAGGUGUUGUUAUUCAGGUAGCUGUAUGCUUUUAUAAAAUCUAAUGGCAAGGUUCAAGCUGUUGCUUUACAAGGAGUAGUUUCAAAAAGGACAGACAAUAGUUGCGUCCCAAAUUACACAGUACACACUAUGUACUUAUACACUAUGUACUCAGCUGUGUAGUAUAUGAAUUUUAUUUUAGUGUAUGAAGGUUAUUUUCUCAUUCAUAAUGAUAGCCCAUCAUCCCCUGCUAUGUAAUUAAAGCUGUGACCAUUGAAUGCAUGAAGUGUCCAACAUUACACACAUUUUUGUGCAUCAUUUGAAGUACACUUUUUUUUUU